AUGGAUAUGCGGAAGAAGAAACGCAAGGUUCUGCUUAUGGGCAAGAGCGGGUCGGGGAAGUCGUCCAUGCGCUCGAUAAUAUUCAGCAACUAUGUCGCGAAGGAUGUCCGGCGUCUCGGAGCCACCAUCGACGUGGAGCAUAGCCAUGUCAAAUUCAUGGGCAAUCUGACUUUGAAUCUCUGGGAUUGUGGGGGGCAGGAUGCAUUCAUGGAAACGUAUCUUGCGUCGCAAAGAGAGAACAUAUUUUCCGACGUUGCUGUACUCAUCUAUGUCUUUGAUAUUGAAUCCCGCGAAGUCGAACGUGACCUCGAUACCUAUUUUGCCAUCAUAACCGCCCUCCAAGAGUUCAGCCCAAAUGCAUUUGUCUUCUGCCUCAUCCAUAAACUCGAUUUGAUCCAGACAGAGCAUCGACAGCGAAUAUACGAGGAGCGCUCCUCUCUCAUCCGUGCAAGAUCAGAGUCCUUUGCAAUAACUACAUUUGGUAGCAGUAUAUGGGACCAAUCCUUGUAUAAGGCGUGGGCAGGAAUCGUCCACAAGCUUAUUCCAAACCUUUCAGUCAUUGAGCGGUUCCUGCAGGCUUUUGCCCAAAGGAUCGAGGCGGAGGAGGUCAUUCUAUUUGAACGCUCAACGUUCCUUACCGUCACAUCUGUAGCGUCGGAAAUCGGCCGCUUGAACCCCAUAUUUGACCGUCACGAGCGUCUCUCCAAUAUUAUGAAGUCGUUCAAGCAUUGUGCUGCUCGCAAUACCCACACCACUCCAGCCUCCGCGGGAUUUCUAGUUAUGCACAUCAAGACACUACAAUUCAAUGUCUUCCUCGGCCGAUUCACCGACAAUACAUAUAUAUUUAUCGUGGUCCCACCUGGCGAAGCGGCAUAUAACUGUGCUGUUCUCAACACGAUGCUUGCCCGUGAAGGUUUCCGCAAGGCGUCAGCAUCAAACGGCGGUGACUGGUUCCCGCUUUCCUACGCUGACCCCGCCCCUCGCGGAAGUAUUUCAAAUGGUUAUGUUACUGGGCCACCCGAGACGCCAUAG